GAACAGCUUCACUGUUAGAAGUGACGUGAAAGCCGUAGGUCGUGUUUACAACGUACGUCCCCGCCGUCGUUUUGUGUGUGACCAACACAACACACUGUACCUUUUUUUCUACCCUCGUUUCACCAGUUUCACAUUAUUCUCAAUCACCCUCAUAAUCAUCAUCGCAGUAAUAAAUAAUAGUACCGUCGUUGUCCGUCGCCCGCGGUCCAGACCCAUCAGAGUGACGAGUGCGAGUGAGUGCAUUUUGUAAGGGUGGUUAAUAAGGGACAUACCCGACCCAUCGAACACAUCGCGAGUUAUUUAUUAUCUACGCAACCGUCGUCGAUUUUUGGGAAUUGAAGAGUGGAAAAAUUGCAUCCAAAUCGGUGCAACGAUGUGAACCCGGAGAAACGAGCUAAUUAAGGUUCACUUUUGCACCUUUUCUCAAUGCAUCUUGCACAGUGUACCAAAGGAAGUGUGUGAAUUAUAGUUUCGGUUUUAGUUUUUUCGACAACAUCCGAAAAGAAACACGAAUCGAUUGGAUCGAUCGAAGAAAAAGCCCCCUCAAGGAGCGAGCGCGGCGAAACCAGUUUGAUAAAAGUUUUGCUCAUCUCGGUAGCGGCAACAAAAAUCUUGAUAAAAGAGUGAGAAAGUGAAGAACAUCGGGCAAAAGAGGAGAAAGAAAAAUUCCGAAAAAAAGUGGUUUUCAACAGUCGGUUUUGUGGCGAGCGGGUUUUUGGUGGUGUGAGUGCGACGCAACGAGGGGGCAGAAAGUGCAUCCCAGCAGCAGUGAGUGAAAGGUGAAAGAGAAGAAGCCCACAAGGAAAAGGUGAAAAACCCGUCCGACGACGACGACGACGCUUGGUUUGCUUCGAUUCGAUUUGGCUUUUGAAGCUUGUUAUCGCAUAGCUAGCUACCUGUGAUUGGAAACGUGAAUCCAGAGAGCGACAUCUGCCUGUGUUGUUGUUGUUUUGCUCGUUGAUUGAUAUCAGUCACCCACCGACGUCGCGUCGCCCCUUCUCGAUAAGAGGGGUGCUACAGUGUUAGUGUGUGUGUAGGUGUGCGUGUGCGUGAAUUCCAGCUGAAAGGAAAAGCCUACUGAGAACGUGACAAAUUUGAAAAUAAGAUUGUGACGCACAACCGACCAUGUCGAGUCAACAGAAGCAUCAGAUCAAGGCCCCGGACGGAUUACGGGAUGUGCUGCUGGAGUUCUCGAUAGCAUACCUGCUGGAGCAGCCGGGCGACGUGAUCGACUACGCUGUGGAGUUUUUCUCCAAACUGCAGGAAAACCGAAAAACCACCAUGAUCACAGCCGGCGAGCCCAGCUCACCGGACGAGAGCAUCAUGUCACACGAAGAAGAGCCCCUGGUGAAUCGGUACGCCUCCCGCAGGAAAUCCGUAUUUGCGGAAACGUACGAUCCGGAGGCAGAUGACGACGACGAUGGCGCCCGGGCGAUAUUCCCCAAGACGGACGAGCAGCGGGCACGGUUGUGUGACUCAGUCAAAAACAUCCUGCUGUUCCGGUCGCUGGAUAAGGAACAGAUGAACGAAGUCCUGGACGCCAUGUUCGAGAAGAAAGUCAAAGCAAAAGAUUAUAUUAUAAAACAAGGAGAUGAUGGAGAUAACUUCUACGUCAUUGAAUCAGGAAUUUACAAAGCUUACGUAGGAGAAGAUCAGAAACAUAUACACACGUACGAUAAUAGCGGUAGUUUCGGAGAACUAGCUCUUUUAUACAACAUGCCAAGAGCGGCCACCAUCCAGGCAGAAACCGACGGUCAACUGUGGGCGAUGGACCGUCAAACGUUCCGAAGGAUCCUGCUCAAGUCGGCGUUCAGAAAACGGAAAAUGUACGAAGCACUACUGGAUGCGGUCCCCAUGCUGAAAACGUUACAGAGUUACGAGCGAAUGAACCUGGCCGAUGCUCUUAUACCCAAGACUUUUGCGAAGGGAGAACGAAUCAUCAAGCAAGGGGACGCCGCCGACGGAAUGUACUUCAUCGAGGAGGGUAAGGUUUCGAUUCGCAUCCAGCAGGAUGCCGGCGAGGUGGAAAUUUCGAACCUAGAGAAGGGACAAUACUUUGGCGAGCUGGCACUGGUGACCCAUCGGCCACGUGCCGCCUCGGCUUACGCCGUCGACAACGUCAAAGUUGCAUUUUUGGAUGUGGACGCAUUCGAGCGGCUGCUCGGUCCCUGCAUGGACCUCAUGAAGCGCAACAUCGGCGACUACGAAUCGCAGCUGGUGAAGAUCUUCGGCAGCAAGAACAACAUCACCGACGUCCGAUAAGCUGACCGAUAGCAGGUCCUCAUCUGCAUGCGCAGCGUCUUCGAUCGCCAUCAUUUAAAAAACAUCUAAAUCAUAAAUCAGAGAAGGUCAGAAGUGGGAGUAGGAGUUAUGCAAAAGGGGGUGGAUUGUAGUUUCUUUCUGAAGUUCCGCGCGGCGCUCUCCUGAUCUGCGGAACGAACGACGCAUGGCCACCUCGGAUGGCGCUUCCGGGUAGACGAAUUUUACCAUCUUAAGCAGCAGCGUAGCCCGGGGGUGUUUGACGAGGGAGUCCCCUGCAUUCGGAUAGUUUUGCUAGGGAUUGCGCGGCGAGGGGGGUGUUGGAGAGGGAAGGCGGUCCAACCAAAAUUUUUGAACAGAUGAUGGUGAUCCAGAGCUUGGUCGAAACUUUCAGACGCAAGCAGCAGCAGCAGCAGCAACCAGUCAGCCAUUGAAAUCUUCAUUCUAUUGUUUUAUUUGUUUUCGCAUACAUGUGUAAUUCGUAGUGUAUUGUUUUUAGGUUAGCCGAAGGCGCUUUGAUAGCGAAAUUUACGAGUAUGGGACAUUUGUAAUAACCAGCAGAAUGGAAAAUGUGGAACAGAUGGAGGAUUGAACAGACAAAAAGAAAAAUAAAUGAUUAUUUAGUCGAUUUGUGGAUUCGGAAUUACAUUAGAUAGUAGAUGACGAGAGCGAGCGAGAUAGCGAGAAAGAGUCAGAAGCUUGAGAAGAGUGAAAUAAUAUCACCACCGCCGCUGUUUAGCAACAGUUUUGAUUAUAAAAAAAAUGAUAUAAGUGGAGCAAAUAUGAUGAUAUAAAAUCAAAUAUUUGGCGGAGGGCCGCCAAACGAUUCAUUUCAGUUGUAAAUGUUUUGUAGGGUGGAAAAAUUGCCAAAUAUGUGGAUAAAAUUGAGAAUUAUCAAAUAUUAAUAGGUGUGUGUUAAACCCAAAAAAAAACUGAUAACAUCAAUAUCAAAAUAACAACAAGGAUUCUUAAUCUUAUUUGAUGGCGAAGUAAACUGUCUAAACGAUAUGUUUGAUAACAAUAGAUGGGAAAACAAUUGAUCAUGAAGUAUUCGUAAAUGAAGCAAACUGCAACAAAAGCAAAUUGUACUAAGUAACCACUGAAGAUAACACGGAAGUAUAUACUAAAUAAAUAGAUAAUUGCUGGAAACACGCAAAGAAAGUAAUAAGCAAAAUUUUAAAUUAUUUCUGUUAACUUAUUAUAACAUGAGGCAAAUAUUGAUAAACGAGAAAAAUACAAAAAAAAACAACUUAACUAGUGAAAAUACUAAGAAUUUAAGGUACAGUGUUUAACAUUUAAGAUAAAAACAAAAAAAAAUAUCACUCUUUAAUAAUUAAUGAAUUGAAAAUAAUUUAAAAAAAAAUCAAGCAGAGAUUUAUUGUAAGGACCGUUAAGCAGAACAUAUAUAUUUAAUACGAAAACAAAACUAGAGAUCAGCGUUAGAUAAGAACAUAGAGGAAAAAAUGAUCGCCCUUGAUUGGUAGAACCAUCAGGGCGAAACGCGCAGAGGAAGAAAAACUGAUAACUUUUAAGACUUUGAAACCGCUUCAAGAAGCGAUAAGAAAUGUAGCAGCAGCAACAAAAAUAAGAUAUGCACAAAAAGUUAGAACUUUAGCGAACAAAGCAAACAAAAAAUUGCUUGGACCGCGCAGCAGAAGAAGGAACGGAUCAAACUUACACACACUGACAGUAACGAGAGUAAGAAAAAGAAA